AUGGCCACACGUUUCGCCUCCUCAGCCCGCGUUGAGCUGUCCGCCACCGGCGGACUGAAGCGAAAACAUUCACAGAUAAGGUUCUCCCCUCCUCCUCCUCCUUGAUUCGCCACUACCCAAUAAGAGAAACCCGCCCGGUUACGGAAACACAGACAUUAUUAUAUCUGUUGGUGAAAGAAUCCUGUUUUUUUUCUCUCUCUUUGUUUUGUUUUGCGAUUUUCUGCUCAAGUGAAGGAAGUCGAGAGAUUAAAGACGGGAUUUUUACAUCUGGGAAUUUCUUGAUUCUUUUUGAGGACUGCAUGAGUAGUCAGGAACUGAACUAUUGGUGCUCCAAGAUUGAGUGCUCGAAGAAGAAGUUGCGGCAAGAGCUAAAGCGAGCAUGGCUAUGUCUAUGGUUACCGUCAGUCAAUCACCAUCUUCGCGUUUGUUAUACCAUUUUCCGGUUAGAGAAGGUUCUAUAUCGGCAACGCUUUCUCAUCGAAUUCGCCAUCGCUUCCCUUAUUGCAGAUGGGUGAGCAGCAAUUCCCUCUUUGCCACUCACAGGUCUGGUAGCUUUUAUUCAAGGUGUUCAAUAACAAAUACUGAUGUAUGUCACAACCAAGUUGCUACUGAUGGAGAGAUUGCAGAUGAUUUAGCAGCAGUGAAUGCAGAUUGUCCAGUCCCAAUUGUCCAUCUCAAUUCGGACAUUCUCGAAACUGAAUCUUUGAGCUUACUAACUGAGUGCACUUAUGUAGACAGUAUUUUGACAACAUUGCCGGUUUUAACAGAAGAGGAGCAGAAUGCCCUGGCAGCAACUCCAGCACAUCCAGAAGGAUUGUAUGCUUUUUAUGCUAGCUGCUUGGCUGGGAAUUUGGUGGAGCAGCUCUGGAAUUUUGCUUGGCCUUCUGCUAUUGCAUUGCUGCAUCCAAGCCUUCUUCCAGUGGCAGUCAUUGGAUUUUUUACCAAGAUUGCAAUAAUUGUUGGAGGACCUUUAAUUGGAAAACUUAUGGAUCAUUCUCCAAGAGUGCCUGCAUAUAUAUGUUUGAACACUUUCCAGGCAGCGGCUCAGUUGCUUUCAGCUGCAAUGAUAAUUCACGCGCAUACUGCUUCUUCCACCUCUAUGCCAACUGCACUUUUCCGUCCUUGGUUUUGUGUACUAGUAUUGGCAGGUGCUAUAGAAAGACUAUCUGGAGUAGCAUUGGGGGUCGCUAUGGAGCGGGAUUGGGUUGUGCUGUUAGCAGGUAUAAAUAGGCCAAUUGCUCUUGCACAAGCAAAUGCUAUUCUCAAUCGAAUCGAUCUGCUCUGUGAGAUAGCUGGAGCAUCAGUAUUUGGCCUUCUUCUCUCUAACUAUGAUCCAGUGACAUGUUUGAAGUUCGCUGCUGGUUUAAUGGUCUGGUCGUUGCCUGUCAUGAUUUUUCUUGUAUGGUUAACGAACAAAUUGUCAACUGGGGUUCUUGACCGUGCUAAAUGUUCACAUAGCUGUUGUAGAGCUUCCGAUGAGGGACCUCUUCCUCAUGCUAACAACAUAGUGGAUUCAGGUGUAGAAGCUAUUAAGCUAGGAUGGAAGGAAUACAUUCAGCAACCAGUUCUUCCUGCAAGCCUAGCUUAUGUGCUUCUCUACUUCAAUGUUGUUCUUACUCCUGGGAGUUUGAUGACGGCAUUUCUAACACAGCGUGGUUUAAAUCCUUCCAUCAUUGGGGCUUUUAGUGGAUUAUGUGCUUUUAUGGGUGUUGCAGCAACAUUCUUAUCUGCAAACCUGGUCAAGCAAUUUGGUAUCUUAAAGGCUGGAGCAGUUGGAUUAAUAUUUCAAGCUUCACUUCUUGCUGUAGCUGUUGCUGUGUAUUGGAGUGGAUCUCUUUCACAGCAAAGCCCAGUUAUUUUCUUCUUGUGCUUAAUUGUAUUAUCAAGGUUGGGACAUAUGUCAUAUGAUAUAGUGGGCGCACAGAUUCUUCAAACCGGGAUACCAUCCUCCAAAGCAAAUCUUAUUGGGGCAACAGAAAUUUCUGUUGCAAGUUUAGCAGAGUCCAUAAUGUUGGGAGUUGCAAUAGUUGCAAAUGAUGUUUCACAUUUUGGGUUUCUAGCAGUUCUGUCACUUUUAUCUGUCAUUGUUGCUGCAUGGAUGUUCUGCAGGUGGCUGUUGAAUCCAACAGAUGAGCAAAGAAAUCUUUUCUCUUUUGACCCGCAGUCUUAAUUGUCAGUGUAAGCAUUUGUUUACUAUAAUGUUGUGUAUGGUUAAAUUCUCAUUUAAUCCUUAAUCAAUUUUUAAUUCUAAAUGGGAACUGAAGCAAACGCAAAACCUAAGUGUCAAGGAAAUUUGUACAGUGGUAGGAUACAGAUUUAGUUAGAAGGUAAAGGAAAAACAUUUACCCGUUACCAUGUGAGCUUUUCUGAAAAUGUUCGACAUAAAGUUUCAUUUUUAUCUGUCUAAUGUUGGAUUGUAUUACCAUUGGUUAUGAAUAUCAGGUCCCUGAGGAUAGAAAAUGUUGACAAGAGUUCUCGAUGUGAAUUUGAGUUGAUAUGAUCGUAAUAUAAUCAUUUUGUCUUCGUUUGUUGUGGGAUAAAUAGCAGACACAACCUCCCCCAUUGCAACUGCUCUUCAACAAUGACCCAUAUUCAAUUUUGCAGCUUCCACAUCUAUUUACUUACUAAGAAGGCAUGUCUGCAGGGCUCACCGAAUUAUUAGCUUAUCUGCUGCGCAGUGUGGCUCUACUGCAAAAAAAGAGUGAAAUGGGCGUUUGUAUCUAUGCGAAACAAGUAAAAUGUUAGAGCAGAAAACAGAGAUUAGGUUUUUGCUCGUUUUCUGAAUCCAAAACUUGUACAGACACUUUGAAAAGAAAAGAGAAGAAGUUGUUAAAAGCAGGGAAAAGAAAUGUAAAGCGUUGAUUUGGUAGGCAAACAAGACUGUAAAGAAAAUGAUUAAUUGAAAAUGUUUUGGUUGUUCA